UUUCUGUAAGAUUUGACAGAGUGGGGUUGUCUUCUCCCUUUUCCUGUAGACUGAAUAUUUUUUUCCUCAAAAAGGUAUGUCUCGGAUCUACUUGAACCGAAUUUAACUGAAUCGAACUGACCGAAACCGGAUCCAAACAAGUUGGUGGUUUACUUUUCCAAAGUAAGGAUAAUAUUGUGCGCUUUACCACCUUCUUGAAUUCCCCCCAGAGCAAUAGAUUAGAUUCCAGCGGCGCCAUUGCCCCAUUUGCUUUCGGAUUCAGAACCCAAUCCAAAGUGACUUGACUAUCCUCCAUUGCGGUUGCCAAUGCCGCCUUCAUACUUCCCUCUGAGAUGGGAAAGCACCGGAGACCAGUGGUGGUACGCUUCGCCGAUAGAUUGGGCAGCCGCCAAUGGCCACUACGAUUUGGUCAGGGAGCUGCUCCGACUCGACGGCAAUCACCUCAUCAAGCUCACCUCUCUCCGGCGAAUACGGCGCCUUGAGACAGUCUGGGAUGACCAUCAACUGCUCGAUGAUUCCUCCCAGUGCCGCUCUCAGGUUGCCAGGAAGCUCUUUUCUGAGUGUGAAGCCAAGAGGGGCAAAAACUCGCUCAUCCAAGGUGGCUAUGGCGGGUGGCUUUUGUACACUGCAGCCUCUGCUGGGGACUUGGGUUUUAUCCAGGAACUGCUCGAGAGAGACCCUCUGCUUAUAUUUGGUGAAGGGGAAUAUGGUGUCACUGAUAUACUCUAUGCCGCCGCCAGGAGUAAGAAUCCUGAGGUUUUCAGGCUUAUUUUUUAUUUUGCAGUGUCGCCGAGGUUUUUGGGCGGCGACGAUGGCGUAGAGUUGGAGGAGCAAAUUGGAGAGAUCCCUUCUGGUUAUAAGUGGGAGAUGAUGAAUAGAGCUGUUCAUGCUGCUGCAAGAGGAGGGAAUUUGAAGAUCUUGAAGGAGCUUCUUGUUGAUUGCUCUGAUGUUUUGGCUUAUAGAGAUACUCAGGGAUCAACUAUCUUGCAUGCUGCAGCUAGCAGAGGUCAGACUGAGGUAGCGAAAGAUCUUAUAGCAUCCUUUGAUAUCAUCAACUCCACCGACCACCAUGGAAACACAGCAUUGCAUGUAGCUGCCCACAGAGGCCAAUUAGCUGUGGUUGAAGCUCUAAUUCUUGCAUCUCCCUCAUCCAUUUAUCUAAGAAAUAAUGCUGGAGAAACUUUCCUGCAUAUGGCUGUGUUGGGCUUUCAAGCUCCAAGUUUCCGCAGAUUGGAUAAACAAGUUGAGCUAAUGAAGCAGUUAGUAUGUGGAAAACUGUUCAAAACAGAAGACAUCAUAAAUGCCAAAAACAAUGGCGGUAGAACUGCUCUUCAUUUGGCUGUUACUGCCAACAUUCAUUCUGAUCUAGUAGAGCAACUGAUGAGUGUCCGCUCAAUUGAUGUGAACAACCGGGAUUCAAAUGGCAUGACGGCACUUGAUAUCCUCAAGCAGCGGCCAAGUUCUGCAUCAUCAGACACACUGACCAGACAGUUGAUUUCGGCUGGUGGAAUCUUCAGUUGUCAGGACGAUACAGCAAGAAAAACCAUAGCCUCCAACUUAAGGAUGACAACUAUGGGAAGUCCUGGAACUUCUUUUAAGAUCUCUGAUACAGAAAUAUUUCUACACACAGGCAUGGAAAAGGCAUCAGAUAACAGUAGCAGUCCCGGGUCAAGCUCAUCAGCUGAACCGAGUACACAUGACUCAACCAUGGAAAACAACAAAGCAUCGAAAUCAAACUACAAAAAGCCAGCUUCUCUAAAUCAUGCCGCAAAGCAUUUGAAACGCCUGCUCCUUUGGCCCAAGACGAAAGAUAGAAAGAACGAGAGGAUGAACAGAAUGACCGAUGGAAGUUCAGCUGGAACUCCAGUAUCACUCCGGCAAAAGUUUCUGAAGCCCUCUUGUCUUCCAAACAACAAGAGAACACUUGCAGUAAGAAGCAACCUUCCAAGUCCAAAUGCAAAGAAGAAGUUUGCAUCAGGAUUACUGCAUGGUGUUAUGCUGGCCACGCCGCACGUUUCUGUUCCAUCUCGGUCGCAUUCUAGAUCAUUCUCAAAGUCGCCAGUGCCCUCACCAAAUUCCUUGGACAAACAGAAAGGUAUCUAUAUUGAGAAUGAUAUUGCAGGACCAUCUUCCACCAAUCAAAUCUCCAUCGAUGGAACAGAAAAUUGAUUCAGAAACAAGGUUAUUUCAAGAAGAGCCUGAUUGAUGAACCAGUCCUUAAUCAGGCCUAUUUGUGAAAAUACCAGAUUGCAUGCAAGAGCCAGAGAAAGUUACUACUAGGGUCCUGCCAUGUCUGUGGCAUGUAUGAACAAUUAGAUUGCAUAAGUAUGUAUGAGCCUUGGGGUUAUUAAGGGAACAGAAUGCCAAGGCAGCCUCUUUCUGCAGGUCAACAAGUUAUGUAGUUUGCUUUCUAUCUUUUGUUUUUUUACUUCUGAUGGUUGCUGCUUAACUUUCUGUCUGAAGU